AUGGAAUGUAGCAGUGAACAGGGCGGUCGUUAUGCGACCCCAGCUUCGGCUGAGGCAGCGAGUGGUGCGGCGGAUGGCCGCACGGCGGGGCCUGCCCCGUCGGCGGUCACAAACCGCCGCCCACCUACGACCGACCGGUCCAGACGGACGGGCGUGACCCAGAGAGGCAGGCGCGCACUUUCGGCGGAUGGGGGCAUGCCCCUGCACGCCUUUGCCCGCGCGCUCGACGUUGGUGGCCCGCCGGCCGUACCCUCGGCCUCACAGCCGGCCGCCCAACAGACGCGACCGGCCUCGACACCUGAGGCCACAACAUCGAUGGAGACAGCGCCUUCUGGGGACCCAGCCCAGACGCCAGAAGCGGAAAGGCAGCUCGCCUUCCUGAUGGGCCUCAUCCCAGGCGCCAAACCAUCUCCGGAUAUCCCGGAAGCGGUGCAGCACUCGCGUAAGCGGCCAGCUGACGUGAGUGCGGAAACAGAGAGCAAAAGGACCGCCACUAGCACGACUAGUAGCGCGCCCACGCUCCGCACCCAGCGGAAGGCGUCGCGGAAGGGAUCCAGGACCCUUCCUCCUACCGUUGACGACGAGGGUUUUAUACAGCCCUCCCGCAAGCACACAGCCAGGGCUGUGGUGCUUGCGCAACAGUCAGCGGUGCACACCGGCAACCGGUUCGCUGGCCUCUCCAAUGAUGCCAGCGAGCCCAUGGACAGCCAACAGCAGCAGCAGAUGAAGUCGCCCCCACCACCUCCCGUGGUCAUCAAAUGGACUGGCGACUUCCGCGAGUUCAGGGAGAAAGUGAAGAGCUACGCAUCCGCUGCCACCGACAAGGCACCCGCCAAAUCGGUUGAGAAGCGCCCAGCCGCCCCCGCGGACGUCCAGGGGCGUGGCAGUCAACCGGAGCCUACGCCAGCGGCGGUAGCCGUGCGCGGGCGCGGACCGCCGAGAGAACACCAGCUCGAGCCUGCGCCAGCGGCGGUAGCCGUGCGCGGGCGCGGACCGCCGAGAGAGCACCCAACGCCAGCCAGGGUCGUCCGCCGGCGCGGACGGCGGAGGGAGCGCCCGGCCCGCGAGCCAGCAGCCGAUCAGCCCGCUGUUCGAGUGCAGGAGCCAGCAUCCUCUCCCCGCACUGACUUUUCAUCCGCAGCGAGCGUCGCGGAGGAAGUCAGGGCCCUGAGGGAGGACUUCAAGCUGCUCCUGCAACAAUUUCCGCAGAUGAUCGCGUCUGCAGUGCAGUCGGCCGCCCAGGCCACCACCACAUCAGCUGUUCCCACACCCAAACAUGGAUAG